UUCAGUUUUUGUGUAAAUAUCAGGAGUUGUUCAUCUAAGGUUGGAACAGAACCAGAUUAUUUCUUUUAAUUGAAUCCUGAUUUGGAUUCUGAUCCUGGGUCUAUGUUUGUUUUUUAAAGUAGCUGUCGGCUCUUUGGAUCCAUGUCAGUAGGAUAGAAACUUCAAAUAAAGAACCACUGCUGAACCUGCUUCCUUUCAGGCCAAACCCAAGCAGUGAGCGGUCCCACUGAGCCUCAGUGGCACGUCUCCACCAGCCUAAAGAAACCAGUCGGCCAAAAGCCGGUUUUCCUCCAGCCAAUCAGGAGCUGCACAGUUACGCAUGGGGAAGUGGCCCGUUUUCACGCGUGCGUGUCCGGCAUGCCGAGGCCGGAAAUACGCUGGUUCCACAACCGGCAGCCGGUCCAACCCUCCAAGAACGUGGUGUUCCACUUCGAUGAGGUGACCAACGUCGCCACGCUCAUCAUAGUGGACGCUUUCCCCGAGCACGCCGGGCAGUACACCUGCCGGGCGGCCAAUCGCGCCGGGGAGGCCGCAUGCUCGGCCGGCCUCACUGUUACCAGAGAGGAAGAAGUUGACGUUUUAGACAAAAGACAAAGGGCCAAGCCUAGGAGCACAAACCGAGCUAGGAACAGUGGUGAACCAUGGGUGCAGGUGUGCAGCAAAGGUCGGUCCAUGUCUGAUCCAGUAGAUGAGCUGCUGGAGCUGAAACUGGUGAAGAUAUUAAUUCUGCUUCUGACAGGAAUGUUUCAUAAUACACAGUCCCAUCACAGUUUGAGCUGCAUAAGCAGCACCAUAUCCAACAGUCACGAUAAAAACAGUUUUUCCUGCAGGACAAAUAGAAACCAAAGCACACCUUCAGAGGUUCUAAGCGUGUUGGCACCAAACCCUGAUUAUGUGCACAUGGCCAUAAUGUUUUGAUGAAUUCCUUUUGUCUUCGCCCAAACUAUGAGAAAUAUGACAGAUGUGUUAAGUUGAGAAGCUAACAGAUAAACGGUUAACCGAUGUC